CCCACUUUUUUUGAAUCAUCAUGGCUACUGUUAAAGAAAUGAAGACUGUCACUGCAUCAAGUAAUUUGCAUCCUUUGGAUCAAUUAACUAGUGAUGAAAUCAUCCAAGUUGCUCAAAUCACUCGUCAAGCCAAACCUGAUAUGAACAUCAUCUUCAAUACCAUCACUCUCCGUGAACCUGCUAAGGACAAGAUGCUAUCUUAUUUGGGUUGGGAAACUACUGGUCCUCGUGUGACGCAUAUUGAACGUGAAGCCCUUGUUGUUGCUUUGGAACGUCCUUCCAUGAAAGUGUUUGAAGGUAUUGUUUCUUUGGAUGCUCAAGACCUCAAGUCUUGGACUUUUGUACCUGAUGUGCAACCCAUCUUGACCAUGGAUGAUAUGUUUGAAGUUGAAGAACUGGUUUUAAAGGAUGAAAGAGUACAAGCUGAAUGUCGUGAAUUGGGUAUCACUGAUAUGUCUCAAGUCUUUAAUGAUCCCUGGGCCAUUGCUCGUCAUGUGAACUAUCCUGGUCGUAACAGACGUCUUAUGCAAGCUUUGAUGUAUAUGCGUACUUGUGAAGAAGAUAAUCAAUAUGCUCAUCCUUUGGAUUUCGUUCCCAUUGUUGAUAUUGGAUUGAUGAAGGUGAUUGGUAUCGAAAGAAUUAAACCAAGAGAUAGCAAGUUUACUCGUCCUACCAUCCCAUUGGAAAAACAUAACUUUUUGCCUGAAUUCAUUGGUGAAGAAAACAUGCGUAAGGAUGUCAAGCCUAUCAUUAUUCAACAACCUCAAGGCGUAUCUUUCAAGAUCAAGGGUCAAGAAAUUGAUUGGCAAAAGUGGAAUAUGCGUAUCUCUAUGAACUACAGAGAAGGUCUUGUCAUUCAUAAUGUCAGUUAUCAAGAUGGUGCCGAAAAACGUCCUUUGUUCUAUCGUAUUUCUUUGUCCGAAAUGGUGGUUCCCUAUGCUGAUCCUCAUACUCCUCACUACAGAAAGCAUGCCUUUGAUGUUGGAGAAUAUGGUUUGGGUUUAUGUACCAAUUCUUUAACUUUAGGUUGUGAUUGUUUGGGUUCUAUUUAUUACUUUGAUGCUACUUUCAAUGAUCAUAAAGGUCAGCCUUAUACUGUUCCCAAUGCUAUAUGUCUCCACGAAGAAGAUCAUGGUAUUUUAUUCAAACAUACUGAUUAUCGUAAUAAUCGUGCUCACUCUGUCCGUGGUAGACGUUUGGUUAUCAGUCAAAUUGUAACAGUUGCCAACUAUGAUUAUGGUCUUUACUAUUACUUUUAUCAAGAUGGUACUUUCGAAUAUGAGGUCAAGGCUACUGGUGAAUUGAAUACUCAUGUGUUGGCUGAAGAUGAAACUCCUGGAGGUCAUGGUGUUAUGGUUGCACCUCAAAUCAAUGCUCAAUACCAUCAACACUUCUUCACCAUGCGUAUUGAUCCUAUGAUUGAUGGUCAAAAGAAUACGGUUGGUCAAGUCGACUGUCACCGCGUGCCUUAUCCUACUGGUCAUCCCAUGAAUGCCUUUGGUAAUGGUUUCUAUUCUGAAACAACUAUGUUCCGUGAUACUCAUCAAGCUCAAGCCAUUCCUUCUUAUGAAACCUCUCGUGUAUGGAAGAUUUUCAAUGAAAACCGCAUUCAUCCCUAUAGCAAGACACCUGUUGCUUGGAAGGUAACAUCUAUGCAUCAAGCUCCUUUGAUGGCUCAAGAUGAUUCUGUGGUGGGUCAACGUGCUGGUUUUGCCAAAAAGACAGUGUGGGUAACUCCUUAUGAUGAAAAACAAGUGUUUGCUGGUGGUUUCUACUGUAAUCAAUCCGAUGGUAGUGAUGGUGUGGAAGCCUGGGUUAAGGAAAAGAAGAGUGUAUCUGAUACCGAUAUCGUGCUUUGGUUCACCUUUGGUAUCACUCAUUUGCCUCGUGUGGAAGAUUUCCCUGUUAUGCCCGUCGAAUACUGUGGUUUCAAGAUGCAACCUUGUAAUUUCUUCAUCGCUAACCCUGCUAUGGAUAUCCCUGCUACUAACAAGAAGAUAAAUCAAUCUGUGAAUGCCAAUGCUGAAUCCAAGGAAGGUGGUUGUUGUUCUACCAAGCUUUAAAAUCGUCUGUCUAUGUUUCGGUUACCUUAGUUGAUUAUAUUAUUAUUAGUAUUAUUAUUAUCCCCCAUCCUUUUUUUUUAUAUAUGUAUAUUGCUGGACGAUUCUUAUCCCCUUUUGUA